AUGAAAAGGGGGGCGUGGAAUAUGUCCAGUGGGCCUGUCGGGCUAACAUUGAGCCACGACGUUACUGAGGAUGAGCACGACGCCGUAACAGAUAACUGUACCGACGCCGAGGCUACGGAGUGUACGCCGCGAUCCCGAGCGAUGCAUAAAGAAGAGCUGACGUAUUUGAACAGCAUCGACAUCAGGUUCUGCAGCACGGGGACAUCGGCAGUAGACACUUCUGCCGGUUUACUGCGGGGAAGGAAAUACGGAGGAACGGCGUUGCUCUGGAAUACGAGCGACGGUGGCGGGCCGAGGAAG